CAAGAGUACAAACUCCAGUAACUAAUAUGCACGUGCUUUUAUGUCAAAUGUUUUAAUAUCUUAGUAAUUUUUUUUCUUUUCUUUUUUUUUUUUCGUAUUCUGUCAUUGCUUCGAUUGUAAAUUUAUUGUGCGAUCACCGUUGCAGUUCAGGGUUUUAUAGACUAGAAUGAUUAAUUAUCGUGAUAUAAUAGCUUCACCUUGGCGUUAUAUCAAGUAAAAAGUGAGUAUGAAGUUAUUCAGGUCUCCAGGGCGUCAUGGUUAUGCGGUGGAGAUAUCUCCUUUUCUCCCUUCAACACUCGCCUGUGCUUCAUCUCAGUACUAUGGAAUAGCAGGAUGUGGGACACUUCUUGUGCUGGAGCAAAGAGAGGCAGAAGUUGCACUUGUGAGGAGUUUUGACUGGAAUGAUGGGCUCUUCCAUGUAACAUGGAGCGAGAACAAUGAACAUGUGCUGGUGACGGGAGGAGGUGAUGGAUCUUUGCAGAUCUGGGACACAGCCAACCCUCAAGGUCUUCUGCAGGUGCUGAAAGGGCACACACAAGAGGUCUAUGCAGUAGACUGGAGUCAGACACGGCAAGAGAACCUGGUGGUAUCAGGAUCAUGGGACCACACAGCCAAAGUGUGGGAUCCAGAGAAAUGUCAGCUGUUGGGUUCCCUGCAGGGUCAUGAGGGAGUGAUCUACAGCACCAUCUGGUCUCCUCACAUACCUGCCUGCUUUGCUUCAGCCUCAGGAGACAGGAAACUGCGAGUAUGGGAUGUGAAAGUGGGAUCGUGUAGGCUGGCUAUCCCUGCACACAAGGCUGAAAUCCUCAGCUUUGAUUGGUGCAAAUAUGACCAGAAUGUUCUGGUCACAGGGUCCGUAGACUGUGGUCUGCGCGUGUGGGACCUGCGAAGCAUCUGGCAUCCUAUAGCUCAGAUGAUGGGCCAUUCCUAUGCCAUCCACAGUGUAAAGGUAUCAACCCUACAUGCAAAUGUUCUGGCUUCAAUGCAAGUUGAUUACAGCAUGCUAUUCUGGGACUACUCCAAGGACCAGCCACUGCUGGAGACACUGGAGCACCACUCGGAGUUCGUUUGUGGCCUGGAUUUUAACCUGCACAUCCCUAACCAGGUUGUGGACUGCUCUUGUGAUGAGACCUUAAAAGUCUUCACCCCUUCAUACCUGGCCACUCUAUAGAGCUCGCUCCGCCGUAGAAAGAUUGUGCUGCAAGGCACGGGGGAGUCGCGGCUCUGUUUUAAGCACAGGUGCAGAGUUUGCCAAGAUUUCACUGCGGUUUUCUUAAUAACGCUAUUAAAGGAGAACACAAGGGAUGCAUCAGGAGUAGUGAGUCAAGAGCACACUACAGAGGAGGGGGAAUCUCUUGCGGUCACUGUGUGUAAAAAAUACUCACCUUCAAGGGCUUUAUUGUACUAGGAUG